AGAAAAAUGCGACCAGAUGGCAAAAGAGGAGAAGGCUAAGAAAGAUUCAGGAAAGAAAGGAGACAAGAAAGAUUCGAGUAAAGGAGACAAGAAAGAUUCUGGCAAAGGAGACAAGAAAGGUUCGGGCAAAGGGGACGGUAAAGAUUCAGGCACGGAAGGAGGCAAGAAAAAGGGUGCCGGCAACAAAGAAGAUGCUGCCAAGAAAGAAGCCGAAGCAAAGAAAAAGUGUGAAGAAAUGGCCUUAAUGGAAAAAUGCGACAAGAUGGCCAAAGACGAGAAGGCUAAGAAAGAUUCAGGGAAGAAAGGAGACAAGAAAGAUUCGGGAAAAGGAGACAAGAAAGAUUCUGGCAAAGAAGGAGACAAGAAAGAUUCAGGCAAGAAAGGAGACGGUAAAGAUUCAGAGAAGGAAGGUGGCAAGAAAAAGGGUGCUGGCAACAAAGAAGAUGCUGCCAAGAAAGAAGCCGAAGCAAAGAAAAAGUGUGAAGAAAUAGCCUUAAAGGAAAAAUGCGACCAGAUGGCAAAAGAGGAGAAGGCUAAGAAAGAUUCCGGUAAGAAAGGAGACAAGAAAAAUUCGGGCAAAAAAGAAGGCAAGAAAGAUUCGGGCAAAGGAGACAAGAAAGAUUCGGGUAAAGAUGGAGACGAUAAAGAUUCAGGCAAAGGAGGCAAAAAAGAGGGUACCGGCAAGAAAGAAGAUGCUGCCAAGAAAGAAGCCGAAGCUAAGAAAAAAUGUGAAGAAAUAGCCUUAAAGGAAAAGUGCGACAAGAUGGCAAAAGAGGAGAAGGCUAAAAAGAUUCAGGGAAAAAAGGAGACAAGAAAGAUUCGGGAAAAGAAGAAGACAAGAAAGAUUCAGGUAAAGAAGGAGGCAAGAAAGGCGCCGCCAAGAAAGAUGCGGCCAAGAAAGAUGCUGCCAAGAAAGAAGCCGAAGCUAAGAAAAAAUGUGAAGAAAUUGCCUUAUUCAGGGAAGAAAGGAGACAAGAAAGAUUCGGGAAAAGGAGACAAGAAAGAUUCUGGCAAAGGAGACAAGAAAGAUUCAGGCAAGGAAGGAGACGGUAAAGAUUCAGGGAAGGAAGGUGGCAAGAAAAAGGGUGCUGGCAACAAAGAAGAUGCUGCCAAGAAAGAAGCCGAAGCAAAGAAAAAGUGUGAAGAAAUAGCCUUAAUGGAAAAAUGCGACAAGAUGGCCAAAGAGGAGAAGGCCAAGAAAGAUUCAGGGAAGAAAGGAGACAAGAAGAAAGAUUCGGGUAAAGAUGGAGACAAGAAAGAUUCGGGUAAAGGAAGCAAGAAAGAUUCGGGUAAGGAAGUAGACGGUAAAGAUUCAGGCAAGGAAGGUGGCAAGAAAAAGGGUGCCGGCAACAAAGAAGAUGCUGCCAAGAAAGAAGCCGAAGCAAAGAAAAAGUGUGAAGAAAUAGCCUUAAAGGAAAAAUGCGACAAGAUGGCCAAAGCGGAGAAGGCCAAGAAAGAUUCCGGCAAAAAAGGAGACAAGAAAGAUUCGGGCAAGGAAGGAGACGUUAAAGAUUCAGGCAAAGAAGAAAAUGAUAAAGAUUCAGGCAAGGAAGGGAAAAACAAAAAGGCCAGCAAGAAAGAAGAUGCUGCCAAGAAAGAAGCCGAAGCUAAGAAAAAGUGCGAUGAAUUGGCACAAAAGGAAAAAUGCGACAAGAUGGCCAAAGACGAGAAGGCCAAGAAAGAUUCCGGCAAAAAAGGAGAUAAGAAGAAAGAUUCGGGCAAGGACGGAGACAAGAAAGAUUCGGGCAAAGAAAAAAUGAUAAAGAUAAAGAAAUGGGCAAGACAGGGAACAAGAAAGAAGGAAAGGGAAAAGAAGAACUGAAAAAAAGUCUAAGGAAUUAGAGGAGAAAGAAAAAUGCCAAGAAUUAGCAGAAACAGAGAAAA